GUCUAACUUAGGUGUCUGUCCAAGUGGAGCCAAUCAUCACAGACGAUCCGUCUAGGUUAAAGCCGCAUGAGCUGAAUUCUUAGAUCCGUAGUAGCUUGACGUUGACUGCAGCGUUGAUUGGAGAGGCCUGCUGCGCCGCACUCCUCCUUCCUAAAUGGGAGAGAUUGGACCCUGUACAGAUGCCCUCAUUGGCAAACCCUUGGUAGUCCUACAUUGGGAGUCGAUGUUCUUUACUCCCCCUGUAUCAUCCUUAUUUGGGCUGUACAUCUAUUACUAGAUGUGUACAGGUACACCAGGUCGUACAACUAUUUUCCUCCUCUUCGUUUUUGUUUGCUAGACAUUAUUUGUUCGCAUUAUGUCAUAAUGCUGGGACAGCCGUCGAUAUCUUCUUGUCCUCCCUGAUAGCAGUCCCGAAGUGCCACAAGAUUCGAGGCUGCCGCAAAUUAACUGUAAAAGGAUAAAGAAGGCGGGCCAUGAACGAGCAUCCAGACUACAGGGUCUCGCAACCCGGGCUCGAAAUCGCCUAUCCCACUGACCCGGAAGUCAUACACCCACCGAGGGAGACAUAUCCCGCUUUCGUAUCCGAUCCGGGAAUUAUACCUUUUAAGGGCGAUGCCAGUCCGUACUACAAUCAACCCCAGGUCCAUGGAGCGUAUAGUUCGAAGGAACUAGCACCGCAGCCGCCAGUCCGGAGAGAAAAUGGUGAACGGAGGAAGCUAUACUUGUUAAUCGGAGGUUUAGUUAUUCUGACAGUGAUUGUGGGUGCGGUAGUCGGCGGUGUUUUGGGAAGCAAGGCAACUUCACACAAUGGAUCAGCUGUGUCCUCAGAUGUGCCCUCAGAACCGGCGUCUUCAAGCUCAUCUUCUCCAAAUCCAACAUCCACACCAAGUAGCAGCACCAGCCAAAGUGUAAACACAACAGCAAUACGGCCCAACACAAGGCUCUCAGUGACGGGCCGGCGCAUAGAAGGCAACGGCUUCACCUCGCGGCUAUUCUGGCAAGGAGGCGACAACAAAAUUCGCACAUCGCGGUACAGCAGCAGCAGCAGUCAAUGGUCAACCCCGCUAGUCUUCAACGAUCUAGAUGCAAAGCCCGGAACGCCUCUUGCCGGGACAAUCUACCUGCAGUUCCCACAAUUUGAGUUCUUUUAUUUAGAUCCAUCAUCGACGUUCCAGGGGGUCAACUUCUUCGAAGACGAGACGGUGCCCAAGAUCGACAGCAUCAAUUCGGACCGGACGCCUUUCACCGUGCCGAGUGGUUCUCGGAUGACCGCUUAUUGGCCGUACGUAAUUUAUCAGAACACGAACACUUCGUUCCAUCGCGUGGUUUACGAUGGACAUGGCAGCGGCUGGUUCAACGACACUGUGCAGGGCUGGGACCACCCGGAUGAUAUUCCGUUGGGCGAUACCAACUCUGGUAUCGCCGUAGUGCCCAUGUUGAGUAGCUUUCAAAGCCCAUAUACGGCAGGACUUGCAUACCGUGAUCCGAACGGCCUUCUCUCUAUAUUCCCGUUCGGUGGCUUCGAUACGGGCGUAGCUUGGUAUUUCGGUACGCCCGGCGUCACGAUCCCCUCGGGAACGUCUAUCGCUGCAUUCGCAAUCGGGCGGCUGAAUAGCAACACGACGAACACGUGGAUCCUGUACCAAGACUCGAGCAAUAAAAUACAAUCUGUCUGGCAGGGAGACGACAAUAUAUGGCAGGGCCCCCAAGAGGUGGGCGAUGCGGAUGCCGGCACAGACAUUGCGUGCUUAACCGAGCAGGUCGGCGAUCAGCCUUCGCUGAUAAGCCUAGCAAGUCAGACUGAUAUGAGACGUUGUUAUUACCAAUAUAAAGGCCUAAUUCGCGAGAAGCGACUUACAUCUUCUAGCUGGGUGGACGGUGCCGCGAUUCCGAUGGAAUAAGUCGGUUGGAUCUUACGACGCAUUAAUUAUUGUAAUUGGGUAAUGUAAAGACGGACAUAUAUCAUGGAAUGAGGUUAUAGGCUAUGUAAAUUCUAUGGGAAUAGUUAGCUCGAAGGCUCGGCGUAUGCAGCGUGUCUAAUGAGAAAAAAGUCGUAAACUGUGUGCGUAUAGUAAAAUGCUCUGG